GGCCGGCGGCGGCCGGGGAGCGCGGCUUAGGCUCUGCCGGCCGGCGGGGGCGCGGGCCGCGCCGCCAUGAACGCCGCGGUGGUGAAGCGGACGCAGGAGGCCCUGGGGAAGGUGAUCCGGAGGCCUCCGCUGACGGAGAAGCUGCUGAGCAAGCCCCCGUUCCGCUACCUGCACGACAUCAUCACCGAGGUGAUUAGGAUGACCGGUUUCAUGAAGGGUCUCUACACAGACGCUGAGCUGAAGUCCGAUAAUGUUAAGGAUAAAGAUGCAAAAAUUAGCUUCCUUCAGAAGGCCAUAGACGUGGUGGUGAUGGUUUCAGGAGAGCCACUGUCCGCAAAACCAGCGCGGAUCGUGGCAGGGCUCGAGCCUGAAAGAACAAACGAGCUGCUCCAGAGAAUUGGAAAAUGCUGUCUCAGCAAGCUCUCCAGCGACGAGGCGGUGAAGAGAGUGUUAGCUGGAGAGAAGGGGGACCUGAAGGGAAGGACCUCACUGACGUCAAAAGCUCAGGAAUUGGACAAUGAGAAUGCACGAGAAGAAGAGCCCAGAGUUCAUAAAGAUAAAGAGGAUAAAAGGAACUCUGAAAUAAACGGGAGAAGUACAAGCAGAGAUCAAAAACAGAAGGAAGAAGUGAGGGAAGAGAGCAAAGCGAAGGAGAACGACCGUGACGGACAUAAAGAUCCUGAGCGAGACAGGCACCGGGAGGGGGAGAGAGAGCGAGCCAGAAACCGGGCCAAGCAGGACAGAGACCUGGCCCGCGCGGGGGAGAAAGGGAGCGAGGGUGGAAAGGGGAAAGAGAGGGCGAAAGAGCGGGACAGGGAGCAGGAGCGGGCCGCCCGCGGCAGGGACAGGCGGAGGGCGCAGGCCGGGGGGCGCUCCCGAGGCCCGGGCAGGGAGAAGGCCAGCGAGCUCGGCGAGCCCGACAGAAAGUCCUCAAGCUCAGGGGAGGUGUCUAAAAAGCUGCCAGAUGGAUCUUUGAAAGAUUCCAAAGCUGAAACAGAGACUGAGAUUUCCACUAGAGCAUCCAGGUCAGUGACAACAAAACCAUCAAAACGGCGAUCCAAAAAUUCAGUGGAAGGAAGAAGGGACUCUAGAACCACUGAAAAUAGUCUUUCCCCUGAAAAAGAACAUAACUCUUCCUACAGUAAAGCUAAGAAGGAACAUGCCGGGAAACAGCUCGGAAGAAAGGAAGAUACUAUUUCAGCUAAAAUGUUAGAUCCCAUAGUGUCUGGAUUAAAUCAUGAAGCAGAUCAGGAAACUGCAACUUCAGAAAUCGGAACAAAAGAAGCUAAUACUAACUCAGCUAGUGUUUCAGAUGAGAAUUCCGCUAGUCUGUGGCGUGAGAACGUUGAGCCAGAACCAGCAGUGAAGCAGAAAGGCGGCUCCCCUAGUGAUGCAGAAGGAGAAGGGGGACCUUCUGGCCCAGAGAAGCCCGAGGUGUCUGAGAGUUCUGAGCUGCCGAGUGAGCUUCCAGCCAACAUCAGGACAGGGAGUGGCAAACUCGUUGCCAGUGUGAUUGUAGAUGCACAGAACUCUGACAAUGAGGCAGAUGACCAGUUUGUGGUGGAGGCUGCCCCCCAGCUUCCUGAGAUGUCAGAACUGGAAAUGGUCCCCGUAGUAGAUGUGGAGGCCGAGGAGAAACACGGAGGACUUGUGAAAAAAAUUCUGGAGACCAAGAAAGAUUAUGAGAAGUUGCAGCAGGCACCCAGACCUGGGGAGAAGGAGAAAUCGCUUGUCUUUGAGUCAGCGUGGAAGAAGGAGAAGGACAUAGUUUCCAAGGAGAUCGAGAAGUUACGUGUGUCCAUCCAGACCCUGUGCAAGAGCGCGCUCCCCCUGGGGAAGAUCAUGGACUACAUCCAGGAGGACGUGGACGCCAUGCAGAACGAGCUGCAGCUGUGGCACAGCGAGAAUAAGCAGCACGCGGAGGCCCUGCAGAAGGAGCAGAGCAUCACGGACUGUGCGGUGGAGCCCCUGAAGGCCGAGCUGGCUGAGGUGGAGCAGCUGAUCAAGGACCAGCAGGGUAGGAUCUGUGCCGUCAAGGCCAACAUCCUGAAGAACGACGAGAAGAUUCAGAAAAUGGUGUACAGUAUCAGCCUGAGUUCGAGAAGGUGAAAGCUCACACGUUUCCAAAGCCGGAAGUCCUCCUCAGUCU